UAGUUGUACAAAUGGAAACUAUAGGGGACUAAUUUGCAAAGUUUGCGUGAAAACAACUAUUCUCCGCGCCACGAAACAAGGCAGUACAGUGAGUCAGUGAAGCUGACAUUCACACUACACACAAGCACAAAAAUCAAUAACUAAUUUCACAAAACUCGAAGCUUUAAAGUUAUUCCUCUACUGUGUCAAAUUUCGUCUCCUCCUCCUCCUGGGUGACAAUUUCUAGGGUUUCCACAUUUUCUCGUCUUUUCCAUUUCUGGAUACUGGUAAAAAGCGUUCUUCUUUAGGGGAAACAAAACAAAAAAUGGAGACAGAUGAAGCGUACCAAAGGAAAGAGCGUGCUGCACUUGUAGCAAUUGUCGUUCUUGCUUGUCUUGCUCUUUCUUCUUUGUUCGUCGCCUUCAGCUACUACUGCUAUAUUCGUAACAAAGUUUCUAAGCGUCACAGAAUUAGCAAGAGAUUUAAUUGCGAGGAGAAAGGCGAUUGUCAAAUUGUAGAAGAUGUUACUGAAAACGGACUGCAGAUUUUCAAUUUCAAGCAGCUGCAUUCAGCAACUGGUGGGUUUAGCAAGUCUAAUGUGGUUGGGCAUGGUGGCUUUGGAUUGGUUUACCGUGGUGUGCUUAACGAUGGGAGAAAAGUUGCUAUCAAGUUUAUGGAUAAUACAGGAAAGCAAGGAGAAGACGAAUUCAAGAUUGAGGUUGAGUUACUGAGCCGUCUGCGUUCUCCGUACUUGUUGGCACUUCUUGGUUAUUGCUCAGACAAUAAUCACAAACUGCUUGUGUAUGAGUUCAUGGCAAAUGGCGGUCUACAAGAACACCUGUAUCCUAAUAGCAGAUCUGGUUCUGUCCCACCGAGAUUAGAUUGGGAAAUUCGGAUGAGAAUAGCUCUGGAAGCUGCAAAAGGCUUGGAAUAUCUCCAUGAAAACGUAUCACCUCCAGUGAUUCACAGAGACUUUAAGAGCAGCAACAUUCUUCUGGACAGAAACUUCCACGCUAAAGUUUCAGAUUUCGGAUUGGCUAAAGUAGGAUCAGAUAAAGCUGGUGGACACGUUUCCACCCGCGUGUUAGGCACACAAGGAUAUGUUGCUCCUGAGUAUGCUUUAACCGGUCACUUGACAACAAAAUCAGAUGUCUAUAGCUACGGAAUUGUCCUGUUAGAGUUACUAACCGGCAGGGUUCCAGUAGAUAUGAAGAGAGCUAAUGGAGAAGGAGUUCUUGUAUCUUGGGCUUUGCCUCAAUUGGCUGACAGAGACAAAGUAGUAGACAUAAUGGAUCCAACACUGGAAGGACAGUACUCGACGAAAGAGGUUGUUCAAGUUGCAGCAAUAGCAGCAAUGUGUGUUCAAGCAGAAGCUGAUUACAGACCAUUGAUGGCAGAUGUGGUGCAGUCAUUGGUUCCAUUAGUGAGAAGCCGUAGGUCAGCUUCAAAGCUUAGUGGCUGCUCUAGUAGCUUUAGCUUGGCUCGUUCUCCUAACUCACCGGGCAAAGCAAGUGUUGGUUCUCAAUAAAUCAGAGAAAAUAAAAUGUGAGGCUCUUUAGUUUGUAUGUACUCCGGGAUUUGUUAAAACAUAGUUUGAUGUAACACUUUUGAGUGAUCAAUCAUGGGACAUAUAUCAUCAAACAAUUUUCUAAUCUAAAAUA